GGCGUACCUAACUUAGGAUCAACCCCUGAACUUUCGCUUAAAAGCUAGCUUUAGCGGCAUCUAUGCGCUACAUAAAAACCUAAGACCGCUGAACUACUGGGCCCACCUAGGGAGAGAAAAGCUUCCUCGUAAUCCUCUGACUCUACCCCUUCCUUCAAUCCUUCAGCCGCCUCUCAUCUCCUUACCUUCUUCCCUCCUCUACCUACCACGCUUCCUUUCCCUCAACUUCAACUACAACUACAACUACAACUACGAUAGAAUAUCUACGGAUAAGGUUAUAACGAAAAAUGUCAAACGAGACUACCACUCCGGCGGCCCUGGCCGACCUACACACUCUUAUCGUACCACUUCUCGCCGAAUCCGCUACCCCUACCAAAAUGUGGGGCGUUACUCUUUCAACCGAUAAGGAUGACUUUCACACCAAACUCAUUCUUCAAAAGUUCCUCCGCGGGAAUAAGAACAAUGUUUCUGCUGCUGAGAAGCAAUUCGUUGAGACUAUUAAGUGGCGCAGAGGUUAUUUCGAUGCUGAUGGAAAGGUGAUCGGUACCUGGGAUCAGACAAAGUUUGCGGAUUUGGCAUGGAUUACGAAGGAGAAGAUUCAGAGCAGUGAUCAGGAGGUAGUUGUUACCUGGAAUAUUUAUGGCGCUGUUAAAAACUUCAAGGAGACAUUUGGAGAUGUUGAUGAAUUCAUCCGUUGGCGUGUAACUCUCAUGGAGCGUACUAUCGAUCUUCUAGAGCUUGGCUCGGUCAAGGUUCCUAUUCCUGAGAACGGACCCGAUCCUUACAAGGCGUUUCAAAUUCACGACUACCUGCAGGUCUCUAUCCUGCGUAAUCAUCCUGUUAUCAAGGCAGCAUCUGAGAAGGCUAUCGAUCUUUUUCAGAAUUAUUACCCAGAGUGUUUGGACAAGAAGUUCUUUGUCAACGUGCCGCUUCUUAUGGGCUGGAUGUAUAAUGCCAUGAAGAUGGUUAUCAAUAAGGACACCUUCAAGAAAUUGUAUAUGCUGAGACAUGGAGCUUCCCUCGCCAGUGAGUUGAACUCGGAAACCGUUCCUGAGGAAUACGGUGGGAAGGGUGUCAAGCUGUCUAUCAAAGGGAUGACAAUUGGCGCGGACGGGCAACUUGUCAGAGUUGAGCUUAAGCCCGUCGAAUCUGGCGAAGUUGACGCUGUUGCUAUUACCGAAAUGCCGAAGGGAGAACUGCCGCAAGUCAAGGAGGAAACGGAGGAACGUAAGGAACUCGCAAAAUCUAAGGGUUCCGAGGAACCUAAUGUGGCUGAGGAACCUAAGGAAAAGAAGGAGCCGGAAACUGCAAACAUUGACCAAGCAGCUGGAACCGCAGACGUUGAUCAAGCCGCUGGAACCACAAACGUUGGUCAAGCUGCUGGAACCGCAAUGAUUGAUCAAGCCGCUGGAAUCGCCGAUACUAUCGAAUCAGCCGCCCCGGCCAUUCCCACCGCUCCUAUCUCUCCCGCCGCCGAGCUACCCGUUGAUAAUUCCUCCACUCUUGUCGAACUCGAGACACACAUUCAACCUCCCGCUCUGGCCAAAAAUGGUGGAGAGAACCCACAAAAGUGAUUUUCUAUAGGGGUCACGCCUCCCUUUUCUCGCAGUGUACGGAAAACAUAGGGGAUGAGAUCUAGAUGUUCUAGAUGUUUUUUUUGUUUCAUCGUUCGUCUGUAGUGUGGGGAGGGGGAAACUCUUUGUAUUUUAGUUCUUUCACUUUUCUUCCGUUUUUACGGAAAUAGUUCCUGGAGCGCGAGUGGUUUGUUAUUUGAUUUGUUAAUUAGGUUGUUCAUGGUUUGCAGGUACAA